AUCUCUUCUUCAUCUGUCAACGGGGACCGGCAGACGGGCCACUGGAUCUUGGCGUCUUAAAACGAUCCCAGAGCUGACUCCCUUCGCUUCCCACCGCGGGCUUCUCGUCGUACUUGCAAGGCGAGGAGCGAGCUCUCCUUCCCUACGUCGUCUCUUCUCUAGGGUUUAUCCAAUCUCGUUUCCGGUGCUUUCUUACGCGAACAUGGCGAGGAAGAUGCUAAUCGACGGCGAAGACGGUCCUAAGGAGAGUGAGAAAUAUGAUUUUGAUCUAUUCGUCAUUGGCGCGGGAAGCGGUGGAGUUAGGGCCGCGAGGACUUCGGCUGCCUUUGGAGCUAAGGUUGCAAUCUGUGAGCUUCCAUUUAGUCCAGUCAGCUCAGAAAACCUUGGAGGAGUUGGUGGAACGUGUGUUAUUCGAGGUUGUGUUCCUAAAAAGAUUUUGGUAUACGGAGCAUCGUUUAGAGGUGAAUUUGAGGAUUCUAGGAAUUUUGGAUGGGAAACUGGUGAGGUCAAUUUCAAUUGGAAAAAGCUUCUGGAAAAUAAGACACGAGAAAUAGUUAGACUAAAUGGAGUAUACAAAAGGCUUCUGGCAAAUUCUGGUGUCACAUUGCUAGAAGGUAAAGGAAAGAUAGUAGAUCCUCAUCAAGUUGAGGUUGCUCAGAAUGAUGGAACCAAGACCAUGUACUCAGCAAAAUAUAUCUUGAUUGGAACUGGCAGUCGGGCAAGUCGUGUGCCUAUUUCUGGCAAGGAACUGGCUAUUACUUCUGAUGAGGCGUUGAGCUUGGAUGAGGUGCCCAAACAUGCUAUUAUCCUUGGUGCAGGGUAUAUAGCAGUUGAAUUUGCUUCUAUAUGGAGAGGAAUGGGUGCUACAGUGGACCUAUUUUACAGGAAGGACCUCCCAUUAAGAGGUUUUGAUGAUGAAAUGCGAGCUGUAGUUGCCAAAAAUCUGGAAGGCAGGGGCAUCAGACUGCAUCCUGAAACAAACUUAUCUGAGUUGGUGAAAACAGAAAAUGGUAUAAAAGUUCGGACUGAUCAUGGGGAUGAAUUACUUGCAGAUGUUGUAUUGUUUGCCACUGGGCGAAAACCAAAUACAGAGGGUCUGAACCUUGAAGCUGUUGGUGUCCAACUUGAUAAUGCAGGAGCUGUUAAGGUGAACGAGUAUUCUCAAACAACAGUUCCUAGCAUAUAUGCUGUUGGUGAUGUUACCAAUAGAAUAAACCUUACUCCUGUUGCCUUAAUGGAAGGGACUUGUUUUUCGAAGACUGUCUUUGGUGGGAAACCCACCAUGCCUGAUUACAAAUUUGUCCCUUGUGCAGUAUUCUGUGUACCACCUCUUUCUGUUGUGGGCCUCAGCGAACAAGAAGCUCUAAAGCAAGCAAAUGGUGACAUCUUGGUCUUCACAUCCACGUUCAAUCCUAUGAAGAAUACUAUAUCCGGGAGGCAAGAAAGGACAAUAAUGAAGCUUGUUGUGGAUGCUGAAACUGACAAGGUGAUUGGUGCAUCAAUGUGUGGCCCAGAUGCACCUGAGAUCAUGCAGGGUAUUGCUGUUGCUCUGAAAUGUGGUGCAACAAAGGAACAAUUCGAUAGCACGGUCGGUAUUCACCCAUCAGCCGCUGAAGAGUUUGUGACCAUGCGAACACUCACACGGCGUGUUGCUGCUGGUGGUAAAGGGAAAACAAAUCUCUAAGGCGAAUUUCAAUAGAUGAAGUCAAUUAUUUAGCUGUUGGGAAUUCGUGCUUUAAUUUAUUAUUAAUAAGUCAUUGCCGUUGGCAUAUUGUGGUUCACUGGCUCACUUGUUUAUAUGGUUAUUAAUUUCCUUUUUUAAGCUUCCCAAGGUUUGCAUGCUGUGAUACGUUUCUUGAUUAAAGGAAAUUUUAACAAUAACGAAGACA